GGCCCGACCCCGAGCGCUCCCGAUGAUGACGUCUCCCGUGCGAUGACGUCACGGCGCUUCGUCCACAGUGUUUCUGUGGUCGGACGGGGCUGUGGCACACACAAAAAAAAACACCGCUGCCAUGACUUUAAACAUGAUUUGAUCCCGCUGCAGGUUUCAGUUUGCGCACAGGAAUGGCACUGUGUGCGCUGACCAUGUUGGACGGGCUGGGAGACGAGAUGACGGCGGCGGGCGGCGCCCUGAUCCUGCUGCUGGCGAUGGUCCUGGCCUGGCUGUCCACGCACGUGGCCGACCGGGGGGACCACAUCCUGGGCACCAUCCUGACCGUGGGGGCCCACGCCUCCCUCAUCGGGCUGGGGGGCCACGACGGCUACAGCAGCGGCCCCGCCAGCUCGGACGCGCCCGAGCAGCAGAGCCCCCCGGCGUCCCAGGAGAACAAGCCGGAGGAGGGGGGGUCGGAGGGCAGGGGGGAGGGCGAGGGGAGGGGGGAGGGCGAGGGGAGGGGGGAGGGCGGGGCGGACGUCGGCGCGGACAGACUGAUGGACAUACAGAGCAAACAGCAGCACACCUGCGCCCAGCACUCUCAUGAUGAGGAGGAGGAGGAGGAGGAUGACGAAGAGGUGGACGAGGAGGAGGACGACACGGAGGAGGACGAAGAGGACGAGGAGGUGGGCGAGGAAGAGGAGGAGAAAACGCCGGCCAAGCUGGGUUCCGCGGUCCCAGAAUGCACCACCACCGCCGCCGCCGCCGCCCCCCCCCGCCGUCACAACCACCAGCAACAUCUCCGUCCGUUUGAAGUUCCUGAACGACACCGAGGAGGUGGCGGUGGUGGCGCCGCAGGAGACCGUGGGUCUGCUGAAAAGCAAAUUCUUCUCGGGCCGCGAGCAGCAGGUGAAGCUCAUCUACCAGGGCCAGCUGCUGCAGGACCCCAAGCGCACGCUGUCCUCGCUCAACAUCACGCACAACAGCGUCAUCCACUGCCACGUCUCCCAGCUGCUGGCGGCGGCGGAGCCGGAGGAGGAGGAGGAGGAGAGCGGUGUCCCGCCCCCCGGGGGAGGGCGGGGCGUCCGGUGGGGCGUGUCUGGGGGGGUCCGGGCGGCGGGCGUGGCCCUCAGCACCAGCAGCCUGGUGGUGCCGGUGUUCGUGGUGAUCCUGGCCGUGGUGUGGUACUUCCGCAUCAACUACCGGCAGUUCUUCACGGCGCCCGCCACCAUCUCCCUGGUCGGGGUGACGGUGUUCUUCAGCUUCCUCGUCUUCGGCAUGCACGGCCGCUGAAGGGGGCGGGGCGUCGGGCCCGUCGUUAACCAUGGAGGGAGAGCCCUGAUUGGUCCGUUUUUCUGUCGGUGUGGGCGUAAACGUGUAAGGGACACGGACCAAUCAGGGCGUCUGUGUAGAUGCUACCUAGAAGACUGGAAGUGUGUGUGUGUGUGCAUUCAUUCAUAAGUUGGGGAAAAUGUACAGUUCAAGAUGGUCAUAUGCAGUGUGUGCGUCUACGAUGAACGGACCUGGGUUUUUCAGAGUAAUGUUAUGAAGUUACAUGUCCUGCUUGUUUUAGUGUCUGGUUCGUUGGAGUUAGUUUCAAUACUCGUUCACCAUUAGGAGGUCAGAGGUUCAUAUCGCUCCAUGUUUCUCAUAUUUUAAUCUCACCACGUGAACUUCACUUUUUCUAUUUUUUGUUCAACAUGAUUAUGCUAAACUGGAUAAGUGACCAAUGUUUGACUUGGGCUGGAUAUUUUUGAGUUGUGUUGAAUUGAAGUUUUGUUUAUUUUCAGAAACAUUUUUCUGAAAAACCAGUUAUUUGGCAGUAAUGACUUAUUUUGUGCAAGGCUUUGGUUUUCUUAUCGUGUUUGUUUUGCUUGAAUCACUCUACACGAGUACUUAUGAAACUAGAAUAUUAACACCAAAAUAGACAAUAUCAAAAAUGUUGUGUAAAUACUGUAAAUAAAAGAUUUAGGUGACUUUGCAUCCUGAACUUGAAUAUUUAGGGCUUUAGCAAUACAUCAGAGGUUGUCUCUUGUGUCCUCAGUUGGACUGCUGUGACUUGACUAUUCAGAAUAAAUCAUUUUGAACUA